GUUCAACAAACUGUUCAACAAUCUGUCUCCAAACUGUCAACAUCACACAGCCCUGUCCUGGUGCUAAUCCGACCAUGACCUGUCCCGUAAGUAGCUCGGUGCCACUGAAUGCAGCUGUGGCUCCUCUUGAAUGGCUGCUGGGGACAUGGGAGUCAGAUGAACCUGGAGAGGGCACUUUCCCAACUAUCAAGCCUUUCCGUUACACAGAGACACUACACUUCACCCAUGUUGGGCAGCCAGUCAUAAACUUUAUGUUUAAUGCCUUUCACAUAGAAACUAAGAAGCCUCUUCACCGAGAGUCUGGCUUCAUACGAAUGAAGCCUGGCACAAACCAUGUGGCGUUCAUAAAUGCACAAAAUACAGGUCUGGUUGACAUCGAAGAGGGGGUGCUUACAGAUAAACAACUGAAACUCCAGAGCUGUGCUUUGUCCAGGAUUUCUUUUGCCAAAGAACCCCAAGUCCAGCAGAUUUCUAGAGUGUUUCGUCUUCAGCCAGAUGGGAAGUUGGAACAGACAGUUUCUAUGGCGACAAACAACCAGCCAUUGACGCAGCACUUGCACAUCACUUAUCAGCGAACAUCCUCCUGAGCCAACAACUGAGCAGAUACUGACCUCAUAUAACUUAUGGCCAGUCAUAUGCUCUUUCCUUUGCAAUCACACUGGUGGAGGCAUUGAUUACAAUUUCAGAAUAUUUGCACUAUUAUCCUAUAUUCGUAAAUGUUUCUCACGCUGGAGCUCAUGGCAGCUGGUGUAUUGUUUAUUUAACUUUAUACAUGUGAAUGUGUAUUCUUAGAAAAUAAAAAUUAAGCAUUUGUUUUUGUCCAAACGACUUACUUCUUCAGAUAAUCACCUUUAGUAUAAUUUCUACCAUUAUGCACAUGCUAGACCUUCAUAAAGCAUGUUAAAAUGUUGUUAAAUGUUACCAUAAAAAAUUCAAAGGAUUUGUGAAUAUUUUCUGAAAUAUUCUUUGAAAUACAUUUUUGGUACAACUUUCAUUGUACUUUUACUACACAAUAUUUCUAUUUCUAUUUUUCUAUUUCCAUUUUGUGUAUGAAAGUUGUUUUUUACUUCACUUGAUUAUAAUUGACAAGUGAAUGCAAAGGUGAAUAAAUCAUUUGGAAUGGUU